CGUGGAAUGGAGAAACCUUUGCUUCAAGUUCUGUUCUUUCUUCAGUCUGCAUUUUUCAGUUCAGCGUUCUGCGUUCAACUUCGCAGCGCUAGUCGGUUGUGAAUUUGUGUGGUUAGGUUGCUAAAGUGCUCAAUUUCAGUGCUCAAUUUCGUUUGUUGUUUUUAAUUGUGAAACUCCGCGGCUCUUUUAAUCUCUAGUGUUGUGCAUUAAUGGAUUAAAACCGUACAAGAUGUCGGACUUUGAGCGGAUCAAGCGAUCUUGCCUGAAACGCAAUGAGUUGUGGGAAGAUCCGGAUUUCCCCGCCACCCAGUCCUCAGUGUUCUACCAUCAAACGCCCCCCUUCCAGUUCCAUUGGAAACGACCAAAGGAUUUAUGUUCGCGACCAGUGUUUGUUCAUGACUCUCCUUCUCAAUUCGACAUCAGCCCUGGCAAAAUGGGUGAUCGGUGGCUGGUGUCGUGCCUGGGUGUGCUCUACCUGAGCAAGGGUUUAUUCUACCGGGUGGUUCCGGCGGACCAGAGCUUCCAGUCAGGCGACUACUGCGGCGUGUUCCGGUUCCGGCUGUGGUGGUGCGGCGAGUGGGUGGAGGUGCUAGUCGACGACAGAUUGCCCACGUUCGGGGAUCGACUGUCCAGCGCCGGUACACGGCUUGCUUUCCUGCAGGCGCAACAUACCGACCAAUUCUGGCCCGGGCUGCUCGAGAAGGCCUAUGCAAAAUUGCAUGGAUCGUAUGAAGCACUCAAGUAUGGAACUUUGUUAGAUGGCUUGGCAGAUCUUACAGGUGGCAUAACAGAGAGCAUUAGCAUAAGGCAGGACCCAACCACAUGUGGGCGCAUGCUCAGUAAACUCCUCGAAAUGACCACACUCAUCACAUGUACCGUACAAUCUUCCACUACGCUGGUUCGAAACCAAACAGAAAAGCUAGCCAAUGGAAUUCAGAUUGGAUCAAAUUAUCGACUUUACGCUGUUGAAAGGGUGGAGACAUUCAAUGGAGAGCCAAUACAGCUGGUGCGACUUCGGAAUCCGUUGGGGGUAGUGGGUGGAGAAUAUGUGGGGGCGUGGUCACGUGACUCGACCGAGUGGGACGAGGUGCCUCCGCACGAGAAGGAGCGCCUCAAUGCCAGGCAUUGCGCUGACGGCGAGUUUUGGAUGUCGUACUCGGACUUUGUAAAAACGUUCACACAUUUGGAGGCGGUGCACCUGGACUCGGACACGUCACGUGACGAGCCAUCACUGCACCACAAGCAGACCUGGCAGAUGCGUCUCUUCCAGGGCACCUGGCAGAAGGGAGUGUCGGCCGGAGGCUGCAGAAACAAUCCUGAUACGUUUCACAUCAAUCCACAACUGCAUCUCAUACUUAGUGAGCUAGAAGAAGUCAUCAUAUCAUUAAAUCAACACAGCAUAAUGGAGCCAAAGGUUAUUGGAUUCACAGCCUACUCAUUACCAAAAAACAACUCCGAUACCAUAGGAAGGGCAUUCUUCAAGAAAAACAAAUCACUCGUCAAUUCUCAGUACACUAAUAGUAGACAAGUUAGCCAUAGAUGUCAACUGGAACAGGGUGGAUACUUGGUAAUGCCUACCACGUUUGAACCUGGACAGGAGUCAAGCUUUACGUUACGAGUUUAUUCUAGUAAACCACUCAAGUUGAAAUUAUUGGACACACAUCCUUCAUUAGUGAAGUCAGCUGUCAUAAAGAGUGGUGGAGGAAUGGAUUACAUCAAAAGCUGCGCUUGCAUGGAGGUUUGCAGACAAGUCGUCUUAACUCUGGAUACAACGGGCAGCGGAAGGUUGAAACUGGGCGAUUUCAAAGAUCUGAUGUGCAGUCUCAAGUAUUGGCAGACAGCCUUCAAAAACCACACGAGGGAACGAGCCGGAAUAUUGAAAGCUGAAAGGUUGAAAGAUGCACUACUGGAAGUUGGGUUCCAGUUGAGUACAGAUGUGAUGUCUGUGAUAAUUCUGCGUUACAUGAGGAAAGAUGGAACAUUUCGGUUCGGCGAUUUUGUUUCCACAAUUCUUCACCUGACUGUUGCUUUCACUAUUUUCGAGUCCAAGGACCCACUACAAAAUGGAAACAUUAAGUUGACUUUACCAGAAUGGCUCAAAACAUCGUUAAUGUGCUGAUGUUCGUGUAAACUCUUUCGAGUGAUGUAAAAAUUGUUAUAGCGUACCAGAACAGAUUCAAACAACACCGCAUUUUGCUUAUGAAUAUCACCAAUGGUCUCUGCUUUCCCCCUUGAAUAUUUAUUUUAAAUUCAGGUUUAAAGUAGCUUUGUGUGAAUACCUGUUGUUUUCGCCUGGUUUGUAUCUAUUUCCGAUUAAUAAA